UAUAGCUCUACCCUUUGUUGAUGAUGGACACCCUCUUAGGCUUCUGUUUCCAUCUGUUCAUUAUGCUCUUUUGAUCCCUGCUUUCAUGGGACUUGGCUUUAUUGGAGGACUAAUAGUUUUUACCGUAUAUGCAAUUCACCAGCCAUGAAAAAGUGGCUUGUAAUUGGUGUCUCAGGUGUAACGUGUGGUGGGAAGACAACAGUUGCACGUUCUUUGCAUGAAAGCCUUCUAGGUUCAUAUCUCUUGUGCCAGGAUGACUAUUUUCUGCCUCCAGAUAGCAGCAAGCAUACAUGGAUCCCAACCCUGAACCACAUAAACUGGGAGAUAAUGUCAAGUGUUGAUAUGAACAAAAUGUGGGCAGACAUUAAAAGAAUUACCCAGUUUAAUUUCCUGCAGCAUUUUAGCCAUUGCAAAAUACACGAAGAAAAAAGUACUAAUGACCCACCACUGAUGAAUUUUGAAGCUUCAGCAGGUGAAUUACCAUUUCAUAUCUUAAUAAUUGAAGGAUUUUUGGUAUUGAAUUAUCAGCCGAUUGUGGAAAUUUGUCACUUAAAAUAUUAUUUAACACUUACCAGGGAUCAAUGCUGGGAAAGAAGGAAAGUUCGUAUCUAUGAUCCCCCUGAUGUACCUGGUUAUUUUGAUGUGUGUGUUUGGCCUGAGUAUGAAAAACACAGAGAUGAAGUUUUUCAGACUGUUGCUGAUGUUCAUAUUAUAGAUGGUACAAAUGAUGUGAGGCAAGUUGUGUCUGAUAUAUUUCUUGACAUAAUGAAAUAUAAGAAAAUUACCAUGUGAACUAUUUGAUUUAUCUCUAAUUUUCUUGAGUUUCAUGUAGCAAUGAAUAUUUUAUUGUGUUCACAAAACUUUCUAAGUCACUGUACAAGAAAUUCAAAAUUGAGAAAGUUUAACAUAUACACAAACUAUUCCUCAAUGUACAGAUCCCCAAACAAGAUGAAGUUAAAUAAAUAAAAACUAGAUUAUAAUGUUGUGUUUUUAGUCAUCUAUGACAAGACAUAGGAAUUUUAACAGGAUGUUCUUCAAAAUAAAUAAUGAAUUUGCACAUGGAAUCAGAUGUCCCUAUUUCCCAAAUAUUUGUUUCCUUUUACAACACUGUAGUCCUUUGAUAACAUUGCAGCUUCAAAAUUCUGUAAUUUCAUAUAAAGAAUGCAGUUGAUAACCCCUUUUCAGUCUUGAUGUGCAAUAUAUUGGACAUGGCCUUUUACACAUGUUGUAAUAGCAAAUGAUUUCAUUCACCUUUUACACUCAGUAGCCUAUUUAUUGGACAUCUGUCACUUUUAGUUUCGCAGUUCUUGAUGACCGAGCAAGUGGAGCUGCACUGUGAACUGAUUUCUGCAGACUCCUUGUGAAACCAUGGCGGAUGCAUUCAAUGUCUGUGUCAGACACUCGGGGGACAGCCUGACGAUUUGCCUUUACACAAACAAAUGGCUUCACGAAAUUGUUCAUUCCAUCAUCUAAUGCUCUGUGCUGUAGGGAGAUCCACACAUACCUAGCAUGAAAGUCACACUUUACAGUUAUUACUGACCCUCACUAUGCAAAAUGUAGAACACAAAAGAUUCCUGUUGUCCUGACACCAUUUUUAUUAAUACUAAAGUGGGAGCACAUUGCUGCUACCUAGCGGGAACCAUGUAAAACAAGAAUUUGCUCUUUCCAACAGUACUUUGGUCACGCACAUAUCUCAAAUAACAUAAUAGUUACAAUUUUUUAAAAAUAGGAAGAUUCUUUUGAUACACCCCUUAUAUUGGUAUUUUUGAGUCUGUUUUUUUCUGAACACACAGCAGAUUUCGCUUCUGUAGUGAUGUAGUGACAAGAGACUGUUGCAGUGCCCAAGCUCCCAAACAUACACUCUGCCCGCCACUCUCUCAUUGACUGCUGAGAACCUGCCACCUGACAUGCCCCCUGUUAUUCCUGUCAUACCUCACGGUGAGCGUCGACAACAUUACUGCGAAAUGUGUAACUACGCCACUGGACCCAAUCUAGAAUUUCAGCGUAUGCUGCAGAAACGUAUGCUUUUUUUGACUAUUUGUCAAAUUUUAAAGUCAGUUUGAUUCUGAGUUCAAGUUAAUUCAGGCAGAGUGAAGCUUACACAUGGUAGAUGUUCAUAAAAAGUCAAAGUACGCAGUAUAGAUUCCCAUGGUUCGCAGCAUGACGAAAUUUGCUGCCCUCUCAUGGCCCCCUCACCCCCCUCCCCUGCUACUCAUCGUAGGCAUCAGCCAACCAGGUGACAUUCUUCCCCCUCGAACGCUUCCAUAGAGCUGUGCUUGUGGUACAUAAAUAAAAGAUUGCAUAUAAAAUUCAGUCCCGCGUUUGGCUGACGUCUGUUGGUACUACCUCUGCAACAUGUCUUUCUACUGUAAUUUAUCCUUUCCAGUGUAAUUUAUUCUUGCGAUAACAAUUGUGAUCAGUUUAAUGCAAUUUAUUUUGUCUGUUAGGUAUUUAUUUCUGGAUUAAUUUUCUUUCUCAUUUCAUCUGAAUUUUACCAUCUUGUUCUAAAGCUGAUUAAAAGCUAGUGACAUUUUCCCCGGUAUUCUAAUGUAUAACAGUGAUGGAAUUUCUCAUUUGCAAUCCUCUUGGUAAAUCAUUGGGUACAGAAUCAAGUGAUGUUCUUUGAAGAACAAGAUUUUCGCCUUUGAACAUUACCUUUACUUAGAAACCAGCAUAAAUGUAUACAUAUAUUGUAUGAGAGCUUUUAUUGCACACCUGUCCAAAUAAAACAAAAGUUUGUAAGUUGAUAGAAUCUAAUGAUAUUGUCAAUUUUUAAGGAGAGCAUUAGGUUGUUGUUAUGGCUAAAUCAUAGUUACUUGCUUCAAAUGUCACAUGAUUGUUCAAGCAACAUCGAUAAUGUAUUGAGCACUUCUGCAUAUCAGAAACUCUUGAGCCUAUUUGAAUGAAAGUAUUGUUUGCAAUGCCCUUUGGAAUUCUUCAAAAUAAAUUUGUACGAAACCUCA